AUGGACGUAACAACACCAAUCAGACCCAACGAUCUCUUCUCGGCGAAAGGACUAGUGGUGGUCAUAACAGGCGGAGGUAGUGGUCUCGGUCUAGCCAUCGCAUCCGCACUCUACCAGAAUGGCGCUGAACGAGUGUACCUCCUCGGCCGCCGCAACGAUGUCCUCCAAAAAGCUGCCAGCGAUCUCCAAUCCAACGCACCGCGCGACUCCCAAAGUACUGGCACAGUCCACGGUAUAUCCUGCGACGUCACCGACCUCUCCUCCGUAAAAGCAGCCGCCGAAACCAUAAAGAAGGACAUUGGUUAUGUCGACGUUCUAAUCAACAAUGCCGGCGUCAUUGGCCCAAAAAACGGCGCCGAUAUCUACAAAGCCGAAUCCAUUCAGCAGCUAGCAGACACCAUGGUCCACGGCUACUCCGACUGGACCAGCGCCAUGGCUAUAAACACUCAAUCCGUCAUCGGCGUCAGUGCCACCUUCCUCCCUCUACUCGAAGCAGCAAACACGCGCCGCGGUUGGACACCCGGUAAAGUAACCGGCACAGGCAACGCCCGCGCCCGCGACACUUCCGCCGCGUCGUCCAAGAACGGCAUCGACCAAGAUGACGACCGCAUGGCACACAUUAUAACCGUUGCGUCCGUCGCUUCCUACAUGCGCUGGGUAUCCGCGGGACUGGCAUACAAUGCUAGUAAAGCAGCGGCCGCACAUCUAGGCAAGAUGAUGGCGACGUUUCUGAGCGAAUGGGGUGUGAGGAGUAACAUUGUUUGUCCCGGCCCUUAUCCUAGUGAUAUGACGGCGGGGCUACAUCCCGUCUAUGGUACGAAUCAGAUUCCCCAGGGAAGGAUGGGCGGCAUCAAUGAUAUUAGUGGACUUGUUUUGUUCUUGGUGGGUAAAGGUGGUGCAUAUGUAAAUGGAACGACGCAGUUGACUGAUGGGGGAAGGGUGGGAGUGUUUCCUGCUGUUUAUUAG